GCAAUGGAGCCGCUCCUUGCGCGACUCUGAGCGCCCGUAGCUCGUCGACGCCGCGCUCUUGGCGCCUUCGCGCACCACCCGCACGCACCCACACCACAACUGCGCCCGCGCGCGCCGCCGCCGCCGACCGCCAUGGGCCGCAACCAGCACAGCAAGGACCGCAUGUUCGUGACCGCCACGGAGCACGCGCGCGACGGCGGCGGCUACAAGAAGAAGCGCGAGGGCAAGCUCGAGGGGUCGCUGCCCUUCGAGUGCUGCGCCUUGAGCCUGCUGCCCUUCGAGAGCCCCUGCUGCGCGCGCGACGGCGUCCUCUUCGACGCGCUGCAGCUGCUCCCCUUCGUCAAGGAGCGGGGCAAGUCGCCCGUGACGGGCGCGUCCUUAAAAGUCAAGGACGUGCUCCGCCUGCGCAUGGCGAAGAACGGCGACGGGCACUGGCACUGCCCCGUGACCUGCAAGGCCUUCAACAACUUCACGAAGGUCGUCGCCGUCGCGACGACCGGCAACGUCUUCUCCUACGAGGCCGUCAGGGAGCUCUGCCUCAAGCGGGGCCAGCUCGCGGAUCUGUUGGACGGCACGCCCUUCGCCAAGGCCGACCUCGUCAUGAUCCACGACCCGGAGGACGCCGCGCUCUGCGCGCGGCGCGAUCUGGCCAACUUCGCGCACCUCCGCGAGGAGCGCGAGGCGCGCGAGGCGCGGCUCGCGACGAGCCGCCCCGAGGACCACAUCCGCACGUCGGACUCGUCGCGGGCCGUGCUCGACGAGGCGAAGCGCAACGUCGCCGCCGCCGAGGAGGCGCGGUCCGCGAAGGAGGCCGCGAACAGGGCAGCAAAAGGUGGAAAUCGGCCGAGAUAUGAGCCUUUGAAGUUGGGAAUUUCGCACCCUUUUGCUGCCCAGGCCGCGAAGCGCCUGGCCGACGCGGACCCGGACCUCCCGCGGAACAAGGGGCUCACGGAGGCCUUCCUCCGGGUCCGCACGCUCGGCGCGACGACGGACGAGAUCCUGAAAGGUUCCAAGCUGACGUCCGGCGCGACGUCCGGGUCCUUCACGUCGAGCGCGCUGUCCGUCGAGACGUCCGCGAAGCUCCGGGACGCGACGGAGGACGAGCUCAAGACCGCGCGCUGGAAGCGGCUCCGGGGCCUGGGCAAGAAGGGCUACGCGCAGCUGCGCACGUCCCACGGCAACCUGAACGUGGAGAUCCACGCCGACAUGGUGCCCCGGGCCGCGGAGAACUUCCUGGGGCUGUGCGCCAAGGGCUACUACGACGGGUCGCCGUUCCACCGCGUCGUGCGCCACUUCGUCGCCCAGGCCGGCGACCCGACGGGCGCGGGCACGGGCGGCGAGUCGCUCUGGGGCGCGCGCUUCGACGACGAGUUCGACUCGCGGCUGCUGCACUCGGAGCGGGGCGUGCUCGCCUACGCGAACGACGGCCUGAACCGGAACCGGUCCCAGUUCUACGUGACCCUGAAAUCGGCGACCCACCUCGACAACAAGCACACGGUCUUCGGCAAGGUCGUCGGCGGCCACGACACGCUCACGCGCAUCGAGAACGUGCCCGUCGACGACGCCGACGACCACCGGCCCCGCGACGACGUGACGAUCCUCGGCGCGACGGUCUUCGUGGACCCGACGGCGGAGGCCGACGCCGCCUUCGAGGCCGAGGUGCGCGAGGCCAUCGCGAAGCGCGACGCGCCCGCCGCCGCGCCCGCCGCGGCGCCGCCGCCGCGCGCGCUCGCGAACGCGCCCCACACGGCGGGGUCCGUCGGCCGCUACCUGCCCAAGCGCGCGGCCGAGGGCGGCGACCUGCCCGACGCCACGGCCCCGACGAAGAAGAAGAAGCCCAAGCCCAUGUCCAACUUCGACGGGUGGUAAGCGCGUUUAGUUGC